AUGAAUCUUGUUGGUGGUUCUCGUGCUAUGCGGAUUAUUAAACCUUUCGUCAGGAUAACAACCAGGAAUAUGUCGCUUUCAAAGAAACCUAUCCUGUACGGAGACGAGGCGUCACCACCUGUCCGAUUCGUCAUGAUGACGGCAUCAACACUCAAUAUGGAUUUGGAAUUUCACAAAAUUGACCUGUUCAAAUUAGAAAAUAAAACAAAAUUUUAUACAAAGAUAAACCCUUUGCAGAAAGUGCCCGUGUUGUCAAUUAAUGGUCAAGUGAUAUAUGACAGUCAUGCAAUUGCAUUACAUAUGUGCAGAAUAAAAAAGGACAACGAAUUGUACCCUGAAGACAAUGUUCUACGGACCAAAAUUGAUGAGAUGAUGUAUUUUAAUUCUGGUGUAUUGUUUCCGAUUGAUAGUGCUAUUUUUACUGAAUUUUUCGCGGGUCAAGCAACAGAUGAAAUGAAAAUAAAGAAAUGGUGUUCUGCACUUGACUAUCUGGAAUUCAAGUUAAACGGAAAUAAGUUUCUGAAUGGUGAUAAGAUGCGGCUCAGUGAUCUAUGUUGUGGCACAACAGUGAGCUCUUUGGAAACAUUUGUGUCGAUGUUGGAUCGCCAUAAAAGAGUAAAGGAGUGGUUGGAUCAUUUAAAUACUAUACCUUGUUUUGAAAUAAAUAAACUAGGUUUAAGUCGAUUAGAUACUUUUGUAAAGAUUUUUAAGCAGCGUGUGUCUAAAUGA